AUGGUGCAGAAACGUCCUUUUGAUGCUGAGGAGAUGCUUGAGGUGUCUUUCAAGCACCCUAAACACGCAAGCCCCAGCGAUCUUGUACUAUUAUCAGAAUCUGUUUUUCCUGAUGAUGAUUGCUACACCCAUUUGCCUAAAACUUCAGAGGAAGGAUAUGCAAAAGGUAGUAGCGAUUGUAAUGAAAAGCUUGCUGGUGAAACUUGUGAUGUACUGCCUAAUGGGACUGGGGGAUCUGAAACAAGCUUUCCUGUGAUAGGUGUUCCUGCUUCUUCUUGGGCCACCAAUGGCAUUUCUGAAGAAUAUCACCGAUCAGAACAGCCUAUUCAUCUUCCUCUUUUUCCUGAGUACUUCAGUCCAGAAAGGCCAAUAUAUUUCAGUCCUGAGCGACCCAUAAGGACAUUAACUCGCUACGAAGACCUUUACUCCAUACUCCUUGAACAAUCUCCUCGCAAGCCUGUUUCAAUAGGAGCUAGUCAUCAAGCUGAUGUUCCCCCAUGGGUACCAAAUGCUGCUAACACUGUCUCAGAUUCAAACCUUUCUGCUUGUGAUGGGGAUGAAGCUGAAAAAAGAAUGAUGGGGACUUGUAUAAUCCCUAUGCCUCAGAUGGAGUCAUUUACCAUUGAUGAUGAAGUUGGAAAGGGAAGAACUGAUUGUGACUGUGAAUACAGGGGAUCUAUAAGAUGUGUAAGACUACAUAUAAUGGAAGAAAGAGAUAAACUAUUUAAAACCUUUGGGAUUGAGAAAUUCAAUGAAUUGGGGUUUGCUGACAUGGGAGAACAAGUUGCUGAUAGGUGGACAACGGAGGAUGAACAUCUAUUUCACAAGGUUGUCUAUAAUAAUCCAGCAUCAUCCAACAAGAAUUUCUGGAAUUAUCUCUCCAUUGUUUUUCCCUCGCGAAGCAAAAAGGAGAUAGUGAGUUACUACUUUAAUGUCUUUAUGCUUCGUAAGCGUGCAGAGCAGAACAGUAACCACCUAUUAAGUGCUGAUAGCGAUAACGAUGAAUAUCAAGGUAAUGAUGAUCAUGAGGAUGAUGAUUCUGUUGCAGAGUAUCCUGUUUGUCAAGAUGAUACUUUUAUCAAUAACUGCAAUGAUAAUCAUUUGGAGGAUUAUGAGGACGAUUUUGUUGAAGAAGAAACUUGUGCUGCUAAUGGAUUCGGAGAUCAUACAAAGAGGAACGGUGAUCCUGUUGAGAUGCACCACCCCAAUGGUUCCCCUCACAUGAAUCAACCUCAGGAUCAAUCAGUUUGGCAGGAUUCACGUGCUGAAAAAGUUAAACAUGAUCAGUACACAUCACAUGACAUGGGAGUCUCUUCACGGGAGACAAGAGUGAAGAGUGGAAAUGGAGAUCAUUGGACCAGUAACUACAAUGGAGUAAGCAAUGGUUAUAGCCAAGGGUAUGUGUUGGAGCCCUGUGAUGCACCUGCGUGGGAUUCUGGCUUUGUAUCUUGCUCUAAAAAUAAGAUGGAUUUUUUACCAACAUGUAGCAUGAUAGAAGAGGUUUUUGGAGAUGGAAGAAGGCAAGACAUGAGAAGAGGUUUCAUGGAUUGA